GAUUCAAAUAAGAAUGAGGAAUUUUCAGUGUUACAGGAAUCUGAAUCAACAUGAUUCAAAGUUCAUUUUGGCCAAAUUUUCUGUUUCUUUUCCUCGCAGCUGUAACUCUAACAGCAGGAGAAAACACACUUAAAAAGCAAAUGUGCGAGUGUUCAAAAGUCAAACCAGAGGUUAAUGCAGCUUUUGAGGCCAAACAUGCAUCCAGGCAUAAAAGAAGUACAGAGUCAGAGGGACCCGAGGACAGAAUUGUUGGAGGAUAUGCUGCAGAGAACCCUAAACCUUGGAUCGCUAAACUCUGGUUGAAGAAAAGUGAAUUUUUGUGUGGAUCAACUGUCAUUAAUAAAAGAUACUUGUUAACCGCUGGUCACUGUAUAUGUAAGGUUCUAAAAUGUACUGCAGGAAAACCGGAUUACGUAGCCAAGGAUGAACUGGCAGCAUAUCUUGGAGUUAACAAACAUCCUGUUAAAAUAGACAAUUCUGACAUAAAAGGAAACCCUUUGUUUGAAUAUGGUGUUGAAAGCGCAAUUGCUCAUCCUGAAUACAAGGUUUCAUUUGACAUCGCAUUGGUAAAACUAGACCGAGAUAUUGUAUUUGUUCCGAAUGUUCUUGAGCCUAUAUGUUUACCAACAGCUGAUGAUAAGUCUGAUGUUCCAUCUGAAGAUAAACCCUUGGAGGUGUAUAUAGCUGGUUGGGGAAAAACCUCUUCAGAUUGUGUAACAAAUGAGUUUGGUCCAAUAAAGAACCUGAAGUGCAAGCUACCCUUCAAGUACAGGGACGAGGAGAAUGUUGAGUGUUCUAAUUCUAGAAGUCCAAGUUCUAAAAUAGAAGAAUGUAAAAGCUUCCAAAAAUCAAUGAAAGCUGAAUAUCCACCUUCUCCUGGGACAUCCGUCAUUAUUACAGAUGGAACUAAGAAUACAACCUGCUACGCGUUUGACAAAGGGGAACAUGGUUGGUGCCAGGGUGUUGGAACUGAUGAUGAAUUUGAUGAUAAUUGGGGUUGGUGUGAAGCUGGUUGCAAACUAAAGAAAGAUUCUGAAAGAAUUGCACCUAUCCUCCAAGAAACUCGUUUAGAAAUUUUACCCUUGGGUACAUGUAAAGAUAUGAUUACCAGCGGGCAAUACAGCUUUGUUGGUAAAAAUGAGAUUUGCGCGGGUAAAAAGAAAAAGUUCAAGUCAACAAAAAUAUUUAAAAAAGAGGGAGAUAAGUAUACUCAAGCAGGGAAUACCACAGAUUACUUAGGCAUGAACAAGGAUGGGAAGUACGCAUAUGAUUAUUAUAUUGCUGGGACAGAUUCUUGUGCUGGUGACAGCGGUGGUCCAGUUUAUAGAUGGAUUAAUGAUACUGCAACUCUUAUUGCUGUUGUUGCAAGAGGAUUUGGCUCGAAUAAUCAGGAUGGGUGUGCUGAACUAAACUAUCCUGGAAUAUACACAAGGGUUGCCAAGUUCCUGGAUUGGAUUCAAGAAAAUGCCAAGGAUGGAGUUUGCUGAACAUGUUUCUGUCUCAAUCUUUAGCCAUUUAAGUCUGUUUAGUUGAAAUGAAGACAUCAUCUUAAAUCUUAAA